AUGUCGGACCAUGUACGUUGCCCACGCUACUCUCUUCCAUUGCAAAAGCUGACUUGUUACAAAGCCUCAAAGUGGUGUCCACCGCUCUCUUUGGGAGGGCGGAGGUUGGAUGUGCAGCAAUUGCGAAAAGGAUAAUUGGGCUGGCAAUGACUUUUGCGCUCGGUGUGGAAGAGGCCGAUCAUCUAUGUUGACAGCUCCUCCUGAACUUCCUCAAGGUAGUCAACCUCGUCAAGGUAGUCAACCAUCCGAACCGACAGCAAGUAUGACUACAGUACGGGAAUAUGGUGAUCAUGUACGUUGCCAGCACUGUUGUCUUUCUUUGCAAUAGCCAACGCGUUCCAAAGCCUCGACGCGGACUCCGCUGCACCAGUCAUCGUUGGCAGCAAGAAGGAGGUUGGAUAUGCAGCAAGUGUGAAAUGGAUAACUGGCUUCACAAGGAGUCUUGCGUUCAAUGCGGAGAUCGCCAAUUGCCCUUGAGCAUAGUUACUCCUGACACGCUUCUCAUCGACCAACAACCAGAUCAAAGUACCAUUCAGCAAGAUAAGCCCUUACCUGAACAAUACAAUCAGUUUAGGCAGCAAAUGAGACUCGAAUCCCGUCUGAAAGCAACCCAACCACUGCCAAAUGAAGACUAUGAACGCUUACCAACCUUCUCGCCCACAAAGUACUCUUCUCUCUCCAAGGAACGUCUGAAUAGCCUUAUAGGUCAGAGCGAUCGUUGGAGGCAGGAAGGAGGAUGGUUUUGCGACACGUGCGGAGGCUACAACUGGCGUAACGAUAAGUUUUGCAUACACACGGCGGGAAUUGGCCGCUGUGCCAAACGACUUUCCAGACGCAUUCUUCCUGCGAAGGGUCUCUGCGCUCCAAAGCCAGUUGUGAUUAAGCAAGAAGAGGUUGAGGCGCCUGGUGUAAGGGGAGAUAUCAAUGUGCUUCUGCGCAAUGAUACAGCUCCCAUUUUGACACCCACGAAUAUGUCAGACAGAGGAUCUGGUAUCACCUUGGUCGCUGACCAAACAAGAGGAGGCAAUGAUGCAAUUGCCGUUGAGCAUGAUAAUACACGUCCCAUGGCAGAUGCAAGAGUCGGCACCACAUUGCUCACUGCCCGCGCAAGGGAAGAAGACGAUGCAGCUUCUGCAGACUCACUUAACGGAAAUUGUCAAAUAGAUCCCCGCUACAACACCAUCAAAGAUACAGGUACAAGAGCCAAUACCAUUUCUGGAACCGCCUCUACUCGCGCAAGAAACAAAAGAAGGUCCAGAACCAAAGCAACUUUGCGCAAUAACGCACCACCCAAGUCCAUCUCCGCCAAUAAAACAGAUACAAGAGCCAAUACCACGUCUAUCCCCAUUCGGACAAAGAGCAAAGGAAAUACAAUUUCAGUCAACAUGGCAAAAUCAGCAGUAUAUCCCCCAUCAUUCGCUACCCUCUCAAAGAUCUUCGACAAUAAAGCUGCGGCGGAGUCUCCAGAAGAGAGAAAUCGGGUCAGAGGACCAGACUCUACCAUUUCAGUCGAGUCGCGUGAGAACACACCACCGCUCAAAAAGAUCUGCACCAACAAGCCAGGAAUAGGAACAGGAGUCAGUAUCCCGUCAUCCGCAACUCAACCAGACACCACUUCUGCAGAGGACGAUAAGAGGAAGCGCCAGGCUGAGGCUUACGUAAAAUAUAAAUUGAAUCACUCAAUGGAAAUGGAGAAGGUUAUGGAGGGACAUCUGCGUCAUCAGUAUCUAGCCACUGGUUCUUGGCGUAUAUUGUCAGAACGUGAGUUAACAGGUGCUGAUGUUACGGCGAUACUUGAAAGACAGAAGUCUGAGAAGGAGAGGUCACCUGAGGUCGCGAGAUUGGAAGCUGAAUAUAAUGCGGCCAUUCUCAAGUGUUAUGGGAAGGACUCAUAG